AUGGGGGCAGUGCUCAGCGGGCAAUGGUUCGGCAGCGCUCGAGGCCCCAAGCGCCUGAGGGCCUUCGCGGCGUCGCGGGCCGCGGGGCUGCAGCGGGCGCUCCAGUCGGAGGUGGUCGCCAUGGUCGCGGAGGCGAGGGCGCAGCCUGGCGGUGACGAUCUGGACCGCGGCCUGCACUCGCAGUGCCUGAAAGACUUCGACCGGGCCGACUUCACUGUCGGCGGUGCUGUCUUCGCGCAGGGCGAAGCGGCCCGCGCUGGCGAGCCAGAUGCGAGCAAGGCGCGGCGGGACUUCUGCGACCGCCUUCGCGCUACGUGCCGCCGGUGUUCGGAGGACCCGAAGUUUGCGUUUGUGGCGUCGGCCCUCUGUUCUCAGGUGACGAUGGCGCACCUGGGCACGGUGUGCUUCUCGGGGCCUCACAGCUACGCACUGCCUGGAGGCGCCGUGAAGGGCUCGUACUCCGUGCGGCAUUUGCGCAGGAAUCAGCUCUGCAUUACUGUUCGGCGGAGCGCGAGGGACUUCACCUCCUUUGCGCUUCCCGACGGGGACAUGCACGGCUGCCACCGCAUGUCCUUCGUCGAGCAGUCGGCCGAGGUGGUCCUCCAGGCGGCCGACGCUAGAGGCUUUCAGGCGCUGGUGCACGCUUUGGUCGGCGUGGCGUUCGCCAGGCGCAGCGACGCCGAGGCGCCAUUCUGGCGCGGAGGUCCCGUUGUCCCGUAG